AUGGAGAUACUCAGGGCUCUGCUCUGCUGCACUUUGCUCCAGCGGGCUAAGAUUGUGUGCCAAGAGAGGAGUCUGGAUGAAGACCUCCUCUCUCAGACCUCCUCCACUGUCAGGUGUUGCUCUAGACACACCCACAAGGCAAACUUUUGUCAGACAAACUUCAGGCUGUCAGUCUGCAACGGAGCACCGCGGAGGGAACAUUCACAGUCUCAAGAGAUCCAGAGACACAGAGAAGACUUUCCUGCUGGUCUGAAUAAACUACGUCAGCUGAUAAAAGACAAAGUUCACAUCCUACAAUCCCCUAUCACUGAGGAGCAACAGGCUUUGGUGCGUGAGGAGAGCACAGGGACAGAGGGCCUGUGGAGGUUUGCUGUUCUGAGUGAAGACCUCACCUUUCACCUGCAGCAGCUGCAGAGACAGACAGAGCAGGAGCUCAGCAACAUCUGCACACAACUCUUGCAGAUUAACGGUCGUCAGCGGCUGCUUUCCUCUGAGCUUUUAAAUCUUCAGGAGAAGAAGAAAGAGGCCGAAGAGGAGCUGAGGAAAAACUGCAGCUUGCAUACAUCCACUUUUCAUCUGUGUGCUUGUCGGGAGCUUCAGGUCUCCAUCACUGAGCGUUUGCUUCAGUCAGAGAGGUUGGUGUUCCAGGAGGAGGCACUGAGCGCGCUCCAUAACCUGCUGACACAAGACUUGUUGAGGUACCAGGAAGAGACGCAGAGACUGAGCAGUUUCACACAGAAAAUACUCAAACACUACCACAGAUCGGACAGAAAGGAGCGGUUCCCGAGCAGAGAGAUUGAGCGCAGCAUGCAGGGAAAGAGUGAGACAGAGCAGCAGAAUAACAUGCAAGAGUCCGAGUCGUCUUCCCCCCCAUCACCUCCAUCGCCUCUGAGUCUCAGUCAGUCCAACACAAGUGACGAGACGGAGCACGUCAGGAAGGCCAGUCAGAAACCGUCUGCCGUUCUGUCUCGCAGCACAAACCUGCGCCGAGCCGGCAGCAUUAAAGACCUGAUUAAUAAAUUCUCCAUUCCUGGGUCUCCACAGAGCCCCACUGUCGGAUCCCCAAAGUCUGCUUUUUUCGCGGAGGUUCUUGGCUCUCCAAAGUCAAAGCCGAGUCCGACCAACAGUGGACAAGACAAGAGUCCACUCCCCAGCAUCUCUGUGACCCCUCCGACCACGCAAAUCACUCAGAACCGGGCUGAAUCGGUGCAAAAUGGCACAAAGUCAAGUCAGAUAACUGCAGGAAUUGAUUGUCCAGUUGGAAGCAGCACUGAGAAGACAGAGUCAGAAGUGAAGAGUACAAAAGCACAAACCACAGAAUCUGGUAGAGAGUCAGUGGCUGACUCCGGUAUGGGAUCGGAGUCUGAAUUCGAUACAAACAAGCAGCCAGAGAGCCCGUCAGAGGAGGAAGAGCCCACCACUCCGAAGGCCACGUCUACCAGCCAGAACCCGAAAUAUCAGCUGUUCCUCAACAACGAGUACAAGGCCAACGGGGUGAGCGGCAGGGAUGCAGAUGGUCCAGGAGGAGGCGGGCUGGUGGGGGAGAACGGCUCCAGGCUGUCCCGGUGGGAGUCAACCCGGCUGGGGACGAACCAUUUUCGAGGGUCCCUGGAGUCCCUGGCCUCACGAGACUGGGACACUACAUCUGAGAGGUUUUUGAACAGUGACUUCUCCUGGAAAAAGCACAGAUUAAAGGUUUCUUAUAUGUCGGCACAAACCAACAAAACAAUCAACCCAGAGGUGACCCUUUUUGACAACACUCCCAGGGUAUUCAACAGUCCAUACUCCACCUCAAUGGAUUACAACCCUUCAAACCGCAUGUCUGAGUUCAAGCCUGGAUUGUCUCCAGCCACCUCAGAGUUAAACCUUUACAGCUACAACAGUCGCAGCACCAGCCCAGUGGGCCUUCCCACGCCCACCCUUGCCUCCCCGCGCCCCCGAUACUCCGCCUAUGACUCUCUGAUAAAGAGGAGGACUGAGCUGAACAACCCUCAGCCACAAGUGAUGACAACCCACUACAGCUUGCGCUCUGCCACUCUGGGAUCCCCUAAUAGAAAAGACUACAUAGAGGAGCUGACCAAGCAGAUGGAUGCCUGUCAGAAGCGUAACCAGUUCCUGGAGGCAGAGAGCAUAGAGAUGGAUAAAGAGAGGAACCAGAUCAGGUUAGAGAUGCGAAACCUGCUGGUGACCAACGAGGAUCUACUGAGGACCAACACUCAGCUGAACAAUGAGAUGAAGAGGCUGAGAGAGCAGAUGAUCGAGAUUGACAGGGAGAAACAAUCCAUUGCUGAGAGAUUCAGAGCGAUGGAGAUUGAGGUGAAGGAGGCCCGGGAGGUGAUGGUGGAGGCCAACAAUCAGGAGUACGCCUUCAAUUUCCUUCAGCAGUCGCUACAGAACAGACUCAAGGAUGCUGAGGAAAGCCUGGACAAAGAAAUGCAGCACACCCAGAGUCUUUCUGAGAAGUUGUGGCAAGCAGAGAGGCAGCUGGAGGAGCUGGAAGUCGAACAUGGCACCAAAAGCAAGAAGACAUCCGAACUCAACAGCACCAUCCUCAGACUGGAGACAGAGCUGGCUGAAGCCCUGCAGAUAUCGACCCAGGCUUCACAGGAGCUCAACCUGCAGCAGAAGCUGCGCGAUGACAGUCAGCUGAGGGUGGAUGAGCUGGAGGAGACUCUGCUGGAGAAGGAGCAGGAGCUGCAGAAACUGCAGAGUCUUGUCAACAGACUGCAGGGAGAGGUGUCUGGUAAACUAAUUGAUAAGGAGCGGACGCUGGAGGAGGAGAUCCAGCUGAGAGAGAGGAUCCAGCUGCAGUGCAAGCAGGCAGAGAGGACUGUAGACGACCUCCAAAUGGAGCUGCAUACCACCAACCAGGCCAAAGAGGACCUGGCCAAGCAGCUCAAACAGGCCCAGGAGAAAAUGAUCGACCUGGAGACGGAUCUGGAGGAGCUGCAUGACAGCGAGCAGCGUUGGGCCACCAAGCACAAGAGAGCCAUCGAACAGACUGAGCAGCUGCAGUUGAAGCUGAUUCAGGAGAAAGAUCUGAACGACCUGCUGGAAACCGACAAGGCCUCCAUGGAGAGACAGCUGCGUGAGCUGCGUCUGGAGGUGGAGGACCUCCAGAGCUCCAGAGUUCCGGAGGAUGUCAUCUCACGGGCCGAGAGCCGGGUCAAAGAGCUGGAGAACUCUCUGAGGACAGAGGAGAGGAACAAAUCUGUUUUAGCAAACACGGUCAGCAAACUGGAGAGAAGAAUCAACGAGCUCAGUGACCAGAUGGAGGAGGAACACAGGAUAUCAAAUGAGCAGAAAGAACUGAUGGCUCAAAGGAUCCGCUCUCUGAAGCGUCAGCUGAAUGAAGCUGAAGAGGAGGCCAGCAGGAAGGAGGCGCAGUACCGCCACACCCAGAGGGAGCUGGCCGAGGAGAGGGAGACCAGCGGGCGUCUGCAGAGGCAGCUGCUUGACCAGCAUCUUCAGUCAAAGCGUAAGGACACUCUGACCAUCCGUCAGACUCUGGACAAUCUGAGGUUGGACCUGAGCGUGGACGACGAAGACGAGGAUAAGCCAGCAGAGGAAGAAACAUCAGGCAAAGUCACCAAUGUUUAAAUAAACCCGCUUCAUCUCAUGUACCAACUUUACCUGGAUGAGUUUACAAGGGGGAUUAAUUUUUUAAUACUACCAACAAUAAUAGAAAGGAGGAACCAAAAAAGUCCAGCAAACUUCAUAAACAGUCAAAUUCAAAGGACUCUUUACAAGAAAACGAUAUUCUUUUCUGCAAAAAUACUUCACAGGACCAAAUCCAAAAAAACAUCUUUUACUAGGGAUCUUUUUAGUUUUUUGUCAAAAUGAGCUGAAAUAUAAGCCUUCUUGCAGAAAAAAAUGGGAUAUUGUCUUGUUUUGUUUUACAUAGAAGUGAAUGGGAUCCUUGUCAGUUUGUUUACCUAUAAAUAAUAGUAUAAAGGAGCUUGUUGCAGUAAGGUGUAGAGGGAAAACUUGCUUUAGACAAAAAAACAUUAAAGAUUUGAUAAAGGUGCCUUAAGAGUGAUUAAAGUAUCUAGAAUAGAAAGCUGAUUACAGAGUUGCAUCCCCACAUAGGCAUUAUUGCUUUUAAGUUUGAUCAAAAACUUUGGUAUUUGCAACAGGGGUCAUGCUUUAAUCUUUGUUUUGGGGCAUUUUUUAGCAAAGUCAGAGUCAGUGGUUUGUUUUUAAAACGUCAUUGAUUGAGCUUGGUUUGUUUAAAGGAAGCUGUAUAACAACCUACAAUCAUUCCACUUUUGAACAUAAGACAGGGUUAACAGCAUGGUGUAACUGUGGUGAUCACACACAGAAACAAUGAGGAGAUUAUUUAUAUUGAACAUUUUACGUGUUGUUUUUAUUUCUGAUAUUUUUAAUUUUUUGUAUUUGAGAUACUUGCGGGGCAAAAAUAUACUAAAAAUAUUGGUAUAAUUUUAGAGUGUAGAUUAAGGUAUUUUAAAGGGUUAGCUGCUGUAUUAAUUUAACUCACUGUGCUUUCCAUGUUCAGUAUCUGUUCAUGAGAGAAGUCUUAAAGGAGAAGAUUGUGUUUGGACAGCAAAGAGAAUGCAACUAAUUACUUUGCACUCAUGUGUAUCCUAUGCAGAAAAAUUUGUCUCCAGCAUAAAGCAUAAAGCUGUAAAGGAGGAGGCUGGGGUGGAGGGGGUAAAGCCUUGCCAGCAGCAGCAGCAGGGUGCAUCUGUGUAAAUGCAAGCAGGGAUUAGUGAGAAGUACUUCAGAUUUAAAUACACCACCGUGUUGAGAGAAAGAACUGUGAUUGGCUGUACAGCCAAUCAUAGUGGGAGCUGGGAGGUGAUAAUUGGGAUCAGGCGGCCAUCAGCUGAUCACAGCUGAGCAUAUGACUGUCCUGCAUGAGCUAACAGCAAUCUUUUAAUAUGCUUAGAGGUUUUCUUAGUUAUUGUUCUGUUUCUCUAGUGAUUUGACAAUAAAGAACACAGUCAAAAGAAACCAAUGCUAGGCUGAUAAAUUCAAACCUAUUAUUUUUCAAUUAAUUCAUAUGAAAUUUAGCCCUCAAACCUUACCAGUACUCUAAGUUGAAGGAAAUGUCUUCUUGUAUUUUUAAAUUGAAGCUAAAUUAAACCCAGCUCUGUUUUGCAUUCUUUAAAGAUGUUUGUCCUAAACACAUAAAGCUGAUAUUCAUAUUAAGACUUGUUUUUUCAUGUUUACAUUGGUUGAUGUAUUUUACUUUUUGGAAACAGGAGGAUAAAUCACAAUUUUAUGUCUAUAGAAGAGUUUUGAUAAUUCAUCUGUUGGGGAGUAGACUUAGUUUCCCUGGUGUUAGCGUGUUUGUUUCAUAAACAAAAGAGGUGACAGUGUCUACACUAUGUAAAAAGAAAUAGAAACACUGACUUAUUUUUGUAACUACACUUUUCAUUCUCCUGGCUCUGCUGUUCUCGGGUAUUUAUUUGUUGUUGUUCACAUUCUCUGUUUUGGUGAGAAGUUUCUGAAAAAUGGAAAUAAAGUCUUCUCAAGUGUCAA